UGCUCGGGUAAUACCAGUAGACGGUGUAGGCUUGAAGCAAUUUAUAGCAGGUGAUACAUUCCACGGUUCUUGACUUCGGACGCAACGUAAUCAUGAGUGGCAGCAGUGACUGGGUUGCGGAGGCUAAAUGCGACUCUCCCGAAACAGCGGUGGAGCAUGAUCUUCGGUUUGUGGGCAAGGUAAUCGUCAUUACCGGUGCCGGUGGUCAAUUUGGCCGGGAAGGAUGUGUGUACUUCGCGAAACGUGGCGCACGGAUAGCGGCUCUAGACAAAAACCAAGAAGGAUUGCAGGGGACAUUUGAGGCCCUGAAUCAAAGUCUGGACGACGGAAGUUUUGAUUUUAAAGCGUUUAUCUGCGAUAUUACCAGUGCCGGUGACACGCGGACGGUGACGGAUGCCAUCGUGGAACGUUUCUGCCGUAUCGACCUUCUGUGGAACAAUGCCGGCUACCAAGGGAAAAUAGCUACUUUGUUGGAAUACGAUCCAGAAGACUUUCGCAUGGUAAUGGAUAUAAACGUGACUGGUGCUUUUAUCGUCCUGCAAGCCGUCGCCAAGGUCAUGUCGAAGCGGGAUCCAGACGCAACAUGCUGUGUUGUGAAUACAGCGUCGGUAGCUGGUAUGCGGGGCACGCCCGCUAUGGCGGCAUACGCGUCGUCGAAGGCAGCCAUAUUCUCUCUAACUUCAGUGGCGGCCAAAGACCUGGCACCCUUCAAAAUAAGGGUGAACGCCGUAAGUCCCGCUCUUAUCGGACCGGAAUGCAAUUCUCCUUACUUUGCCAAUGACCCCGAGACUGUCGCACAAAAUAAGAUCAAUAGCGUCCCAAUGAAACGCCUCGGGAGCGUGGAAGAAGUUCUUAAGGUAGUCGCCUUCUUGAUGAGUGACGAGUCAAGCUACAUGACAGGUUCCAACCUCGUUGUCGAUGGAGGUAUGGCGUCUGGUGUGCGAGCUUGAGACAUCUGGAAGCUCGCGCAGCGUCUUGGCGUCCGCAAAAUCUUCGAUAAAAGACGGGACACACAGAUCGGUACCGCCAUGCUGCAGAGGUAAUUGUGGUCUUAGUCGUAUCGCAAUGCCACAGAUGAAUCCGAAGAAUCGUUAAAUGUAUUAAUGUAGCUCAUGCAUUUGGCGCGC